AUGCCUUUCGACACGCUGAGCCGCGUGCCCUUCGUCCUCAAUCGCAGUGGGACAUCUCGCGGGCUGUACCUCCUCGAGAAGGACGUGCCGAGCAUUGGCCCUGCCCGCAAUGCGGUGCUCAGCGAGCUGAUGGGCAGCGGUCACCCCCAGCAGAUCGGCGGCUUCGGAGGAGGAUGCGGGCCAACCAGCAAGGUCGCCAUUGUGGGCCCGCACAAGGAGCCAGGUUGGGUCACCUGCUACUUUUCCCAAUGCGGAGUGACAAUUGCAGAUGUGGACACUUCGGCCGGUGACUGCGGCAACAUCCUUGCUGCUGUCGGCGGCUUCGCCAUAGAAAACAAUUUGGUUGCAGCAGAAACAGGUGACAAGACCCGAGUGAAGGUCCAGAGCCUCAACACAGGUGCACGCUACGAAGUCGAUGUGCCUAUGAGCGCGAAGGGUGUGCAGUACACGGGCAGCUUUUGUGUUCCAGGAGUUCCUGGCCCCGCUGCUCCUGUGCGUGUAGCCACACGUGGUGUUGCAGGCGCGCAGACGGGACGGCUCCUGCCCACCGGCCAGGCAGAGGAGUCAUUUGACCUGGGCGAGGGUUUGGUGGUACGAGCCAGCAUCAUCGAUUUCGCGCGCGCUUUGGUCAUGGUGGAUGCCACAGAUAUCAUUCCACACUUUGGCUACAGCAACCUGCAGGAAGUCACACUCCAAAGGGCCAACUGCGACCAUGCGAUGUGCUCGGCCUUGGAGAAACUGCGAUUACAGGCAAGCCAGAAGAUGGGCAUGGGCGACUGUACCGGAAAGGAUGCUCCCAAGCUCGCGCUGGUGGCUCCACUCGAAGCUGAAGGCCGCCAGGGCUUGGCUUGCCGAUACUUUGUGAACCCGGGGAGGUCCGAGAUGCACCCAACCAUCGCGAUGACUGCUGCACAGGCAGUGGGCGCAGCGAGCUUGCUGCAUGGCAGCGUUGCGAUGAGAGCUGUGGGGCGACUUCCUCAAUCGGAUUCAGGCGCCGAUGGGGCGAGCUUCACCUUCGAAAUCCAGCAUGAGAAAGGGAACUUUCCCGUGAGCAUCGGCACUACAGAUGCCAAAGAUGCUGAGCCAAUGCAAGCGGAACAGUUUGCCACAGGUUUGCCAGCAACUGGAUUGUACGUGACCACAGUUAUGCCUAUCGCCCAAGGAUCGGCCUUCCUCAAAGGUUCUAACUAG